AUGUCACGAGGGUGUUGGGGUUGGUUUCUUCGCAGCGUAUUACGCCAAGACGACAAGUUGAUUCCAAGCAAUAGCCGUGUGAUCGACGUAACAUCCGAGCAACACUUUCAAGAGAUGAUCAGGACAAACCGCUCCGUGGCCGUGGACUUCUCAACAGCUUAUACCAGUCGUUGCGACUAUAUUAGCUCCACCUUUCAUGAGCUAAGUGUCAAACACAUACGCACAAUCUUCCUCAAAGUGGACGUAGAUGCGCUUAAGGUAGUGGCCAAGAGCUGCAAUGUCUCGGCCAUGCCGACAUUCCAGUUCUAUUGCGACGGUAUGAAAUGCGACGAGAUGCGCGGCGCAGAUAAGAAGGGACUGGAGACGCGUAUCCAGAAGCACUAUGUCGAGGCAGAACUGGCUGCGAACGAGAAACUGCUUGUUGAGGAGACUGACGCGAUUGGAAAGAAGCUAGCGGCUGACGGAAUUCGCCAGCGCAAGUCGCAGGUGGUGACGGUAACGUCGGAAACGCAGUGGGAGCACCUCAUCCAGCAGAAUAAGGAAUCGGACAAACCGUUGGUAGUGGACUUCUGGGCUACGUGGUGCAAGCCGUGCAUCGAAAUUGCUCCAUUCUUUGAAGAGUUGAGUGGUCAAUUUCCUGCUGCAGUAUUCGCGCGCGUCGAUGUUGAUGAACUUGAGAGUGGAACAGACGACUUCGAUGUGUCAUUGUUACCGUGUUUCAAGGUAUUCAAGAACGGCAAAGCAGUGGAUGAAGUGAGCGGGGCCAUCAAGAGCGCACUGGGCAGCAUGAUCGCAAGACACUAUGGCUCCGCUGUGGCGGCCUCAGGCUGCUGA